AUGAUUUUAAUUAUAAGAGUAAUAUAUAAAUAUAUUUAUAGAUGGAUUAACAAGAAUCAGCAAGAUCAAUUAACAUAAGUUUAUGAUGAAAUUAUUAUUAGUUUAGGUUCAUCAAGAUAUUCUGAUAAAUUUUAACCAUAAUUAAUACAGAUGAAUUAGAAGCAAAUUAAAUUAAAUAAGGAAGAUAGUUAAGAAUUUAGUCCUAUUUACGAGAAAUCUUAGGAUGACAUAGUCCAAGAAAAGUAAUAGAGGAAAACUAGAGGAAAUUUUAAAAAAUCAUUAAAUUACAAUGUAUAAGAAAUUUAAAUUAAUUUUAGUCAACCUCAAUUAAUCCAUAAGAUAAGGUAUAAAAUAUUAGAGGUAAUAAAAUAAUGCAAUUGAUAAAGCAAAAAAAUUUAUUAUUAAAAUUUAAAGAGAGAUUAUUUUAAUUAGGACAUAUAUAUCCAAGGAACCCUAAUGAAAAGCUAUCUCAUUUUUUGGAAGAACAAUAUAUUCACUAAAAUCAUCAUCAUUCUAAAUUUAGUUAAUAAGAAUAAAAAUUUGAAUAGGGUAUAAUAGAACAAUAUUAAAGUGUUGAGAAUGUUUAAUAAGGUAUAAAAAUACCAAUCAUAAAUCCAACAGGGAAAUUUUAUCUAUUUUGGUAAUUAUUGAGAUUGAUACAAAUAAUGUUUUUGUUAUGGUGGGUUCCAUUUAAAAUAUCAUUUAAUCCACCUAAAACUAUUACAAUGUCAUAUAUUGAAAAUAUGUUAAUUUAUCUAUUUGCAGUUGAUUUAUUAAUUAAAUUAAAUAAAGGGAUGAUUGAUUAAGGUUAAAUAAUUUAUGAUAGAUUAAGAAUAUUAAAGCAUUAUGUUAUUUAUGAAUUAUAUGAAGAUGCAAUAUAUUUAAUAACUUUAACACUUGUAAUUGGUGGUGAUCCUAUAGCCAUAUCAUUUUUUCCUGAGAUGAUAGUUUUGAUUUAAUUUACUUUUAAUUUUAUUAAAUUAAAAAAAACUAUAAAUAGAUAUGGAGAGAUGUUUGCAAUAUAAUCUACAUUUACAGAAUUGGUUAGUCUUUCAUAAUUAAUAAUACUAAUAUUUUAUUUUGCUCAUUUUAUGGCUUGUAUUUGGUAUUAUGUAGGAAACAUUAGUUAGGAAUCAUUCUCAAAUUCUUGGAUUCAAUAAUAACAUUUAGAAUUUUCACCAUUGUUUCACAAAUAUGGAUACUCUUAUUAUUGGGCAACUGCAACAAUGGUCACUGUUGGAUAUGGUGAUGUCACUCCUUAAAACAUAUAUGAAGUGAUAUGUGCAAUAAUAAUGAUUUUUUUUGCAAGUGUUGUUUUUGCAUUCUCAAUAAAUGCUAUUGGAGUAAUAUUUUCAAAUAUUGAUUUAUAAAAACAAUAUUAUAAAAGAAAUCUAGUUUUAAUAAAUCAGUAUAUGAAUUCUAAUGAAGUUUCAUUAUAAUUAUAGAGUAGAGUUCGUAAUUAUUUGAAAUAUUAUUAUGAAUAAUAAGUAAAAGGCAAUAAUACAGAAAUUAAUUCUAUUAUUGAAAAGUUAUCCUAUAAUUUAAAAUAAGAAUUAUUAGAAGAUGUUUAAAUAAGAGCAGUCACUUGUGUUGACUUUUUCACAAAGAACUUCUAAUCAUCAACAAUUCAAGAGAUUGCAUGUAGAAUGAAUAUCUAACAAUUUACUCCAAGAGAGAUAAUAUAUUAAUAAAAUUCUGUGGAUGAACAUUCUGUUUACAUUAUAUAAAAAGGAGAAAUUUAAUUAAUAGAUGAUAAGUCAGGCAAAAUUGUAUCAAAACUUAUAAAAGGUUAAUGUUUUGGUGAAAUUGAAUUUCUAACAACUUAAAAAAGGUAAUACAAAGCUAUAAGUACAACAUUUAGUUCAAUAUAUAGAAUAACAAGAGAAAUGUUUUUGGAUAUUAUUUCAGAAAAUUCAAUAGAUUUUGAAAAAUAUUGUGAAAUGAGAGAUAAAGUAAUAUUUCAAUAUGAAGAUAUCUCAAUAAAAUGUUUUGGUUGUGAUGGUGAUCAUUUAUUAUCAAAUUGUCCUUAUUUAACUUAUAAACCAGAAAAAGAAUUUUUAAUAAAACGAUAAUUAUAUCAUUCUAGAUAAUAAAGAUGUGAAUUUAAUAGAAAGAAACUUAGAUAUUUAAGAAUAUUUAAAUAAAAUGAAGAACAUGAAUUACCUUAAAGAAAUUCAAAUAAAUAAAUUGAACAUGAAUCAUCUUAGGUUUCUUAAGAAUCAUUACAUAAAUAGGAUUCAAAUUUAACAGGGAGUGAACAUUAAAAUUAUACAAAUAAUAAUAAUGAAGAUGUUGCUCAAUAAAUAAAAAAAAGAAUUUCAUUAUGGAUAACUAAUCCAGAUCAAUCUUUUAUUGAAUAAUAAAGUAAUUAAAAUCAUUAAAAUAGAGUCUUUAUAAAAAACUAAUCGACACAAUAGUGAGACUCCAACUCAUAAACCAACUAGAAAAUCAUUAUUUAGUUCAUCUUAAGAUCAUUAUUCUAAAAGACAUAUGAGUAAUUAAUUACUUUAAGUUAAUGAAUAACAAUAAUUAAUGAGUUCUUCAAAUAAUUCUCAAACUAAAACCAACAAAUAAUAAAAUUUCAAUUAGUUAGAGAAUUUAUAAUCAUAUCAUACAUUUAAUUAUGAUUUAGAUAAAAUAGAAACAUUUCAAAUUUAUUUUCCUUAAAAUAAUAUCUAAAAUGUUAUUAAUACAUUCCAAAAGUAAUAAAAACUUUCAAAAUUCACAAAAAUAUAAUUAGCAAGUAAUAAAUAUCGAUUUAUUUAUGUAUAAAAAAUACCUAUUUAAUCAUUGACAAAAAAAACAAUUCUUAAAGUUAAUAGUUAAAAUUGA